AUGUCUUCCUUGCGCAGACCUGCAGCUGCCCAACGAAGCAGCUACUACGCAAUCGAAGGCUCUGCCUUUCUCGAUGACUACUCUCCCGAGAUAGUCCGCACUGGGACCUUGGGUCAGAAGGUCGACCGCCUCUUCAAACGCCGAAAGACUAGCUGGCAGGACAUUGAAAGAAGAUCCGAGCGGAAAUCGAGACCAUGGAACCCUCUUCUCGACUACCUUUGGGACCACAGAUAUCCUCUUCGUGCGCUCUUGUCAAUCACGGCAGCCCUGCUCGAGUUGUUGUUGCUAUUAUUCCUCUUUUGCACAUACUACACCUUACCUGCCGAUCCGCAUACCGGCGCGAAGCCACCUCGGGUCGCUGAUCUCUACUCUACUUUUCCUUUCAUGAGCUGCGUUGGCUCGAAGAAACUCUCGGUCUAUCAAAGUCUGACCUUUUGCGUGGUACUUCUCGGCAUCACGUCGACCGCGAUCAGCUUCUAUUUCACCCGGGACGACCACCUAGGCUGGCAAACGCGUCGCGCAGGAUGGCUCGCAAGUGUUGUGGGAGCUGGUCUCAGUAUCUGGGUUGUCUUUGCCGCAGCGACGCCCAACAGGCAUCUCCACCUUCUCGUUACCGCGGCUAAAGCGAUCACCGUCUUCUCCAUCAAAUCCACCGGACUGCUGGUUGAUCAUUUGGAACGCCGAAAGUAUCCCGCGCUUCGAGAGGUCGGUGUGAUCAAGAUUUUGCUGUGGUGGAGAGCUAUAACGUUGGUGUUCGCAUUUCCGCUUGCCCUAAUGACCAACAUAGCCAUCUUCGGCUGCAACGGGUCCAAACCUGAAGAUAUCCAGACACCAGGAACCAGAUGCUACCGUAUCAUGGCACUGGGGGCACCUGCAGAGUGGCUGUACGCACUCACCACCGUCUCCUGGAGCCUAGCAAUCGCCUUCGACGUCUAUACAACGCCCAUCGUUAGCAAGGUGAAAUCUCAACAAGAUCAGGCAGAGAUAGGACUGUUGACGUCGCCUUCGACCGGGCAAUGGGGCACCCACCCUCACAGUCCGGAAAGUCCAGCAUUUUUCAUCUCACCGGACAAGGACGAGGACUUCGGUUUCAGUCAGUCGGGCAACAAAGGAAAUCGCAGCAGACACUCUGAGAAUCUCGAUACAAAUUCUACGCAUCUCCAUAGUGAGCAUGAUGUCGCAGUCAACGAUGAGCCUGAAGAGGACCUCGGACCGGCCGUUCGAACAAGAGACUGGGCGUGA